AUGGAUUCAGGUGCACAUAAAUUCUAUCCUGAACACGGCUUUGAUUCUAGAGAAUUACUGGAAACAUAUUUUUCUAACAAACAAGAAAUGGCCUUUUUGGAUGAUACAAUGAAAUUCCCAAUGGAAUGUUUACACCGUGCUUUCAGUGAGGGUCACAUUAAGGGAGACAUUUUGAUUGACAUCAGUAUGGGAUCCUUCAUUCAUCAUCUCUAUACAGCCAGUGGAUUUUUCAAAGAGAUCCUUGUGCUGAAGUGCUCGGAGCAAUGUAUUAUGGAGCUGAACAAAUGGAUUAACACACGUACUGGAGCAUUUGAUUGGUCUCACAUAAUGACAUAUAUUAAAUAUCUAGAAGGAAAUGGUGACCUACAUCAAGACAAAGACAUAACGUUAAAGACAAAUAUAACAAAGACAGUGAAAUGUGACUUUGACAAAGAGAAUCUGACAGACCUGGAGGUGCUCCCACCAGCAGACUGUGUCAUCAGUGGAGCUAUGUUGGAAUUCAUCAGCAAAGAACAAGAUGAUUAUAUAAGAUUUUUUAGGAAAUUCACAAAGCUACUGAAACCUGAAGGAUAUCUGCUUAUUAUUGGAGUAUUAAAUGCAUCUUUUGUCAGUAUUGGGCAGGACAGAACACAUGUUUUCAAAUAUAAUGAGAAUUUUGUAAGAAAAGUUCUCGCUGAUGAAGGGUUUGUUAUUGAUCACUGUGCAGUCCAGAAAAGAACAUCAGUGAGUGACCUUACUGACUAUGAGGCAACUUUAUUUAUCAAAGCUCACAGAGAGUAACAAGGGCCUGAUUCUGAGUCACAUGAUGUGUCGGGGUGCAGUUGAGAAUUUUGUUUUUACUGUGCAUGUAUCUUAGUUGCACCACACAUGCAUCCUGAUUGUGUUUGUACGGGGUUGAAGUAGCAAUUUUAGACACAUGGUGGAGUCGGGGCCAGAUUAGCAAUGGGGCAGGUGGAGCUAAAGCUCCAGGGCUCCACAUAAAAAUAGGCCCAUCAUCAUGACAGCAUUAUGAUCACCAGGCCCCAGCUGGCCAUAAAUUAUAAGUAUUAAAUUGUAUUUCUAUUUUUCACACAAAAUUAUGUUAUUUUUCUAUUUUUACAUAUCUAGGGAGACAUUGGGAAUGAUAGUGUAGGGGGUGUACAUGUAUACAUGGCACUGGCAACACCACCACAGCACUGGGCACACCCACACAGCACAGGUCGCACCCACUUUGCUUCUCAUAGUAGGCCCUUGAGCAUUUUCAGCCCCAUGCCCAUGAGGCUCUUAAUCCAGCCUUGGAAGUCAGCAUCUCAGUCCUGUAACAAACACACACACACACACACACACACACACACACACACACACACACACACACACACUUGUACAUCAGGAGAAGUGCUUUUAUCUUCAUUAACAUAUAGUCGCAGAUUCAACUACAGUAAAAGUAGUGGUCGCAGCAUGUGACUCAGAUCAGCCCUAACUCUCAGAAGCAAAUAGAACAUAAAUAUACCAGAUCUGACUUUCAAUUUGCAAAUGUUAAACUUUAAUAAUAAAUAAUCAGAUAUAUUACUAUAAAUUUGUAUUGAGCUGACACUUUUGAUGCUCAAACCUGACCAAGAGAUUAAGUAAUUGGUCAUUUUUUGCAGUUUACUGUGUGAUUAAAUAGUCUGAGAUUCAUGUGUGAUCUAUUAUUGGUUCUGUCACCCACCAGGGAUCAUUGUUGUCAUUCACUCAGCAGACUUGUAGUUACUACAAUAACCCACAUGUAAUUUUAUUAUCCCACUGAUAUAUGACAUAGAGACAAGGAAUAGAUGAGGAUUCAUGUCACAGAAAACAAGAGACUGUCUGUGGAUUACUGUAAUGUAACCUCAUAACAAUUUUGAAUGAAAUAUUUUGUCAAAUUACAAUUUUGCUCUAUCUAAGUAACUCCCCAAUUCUUUCAGCCAACAUACAUUUACAACAAGAUUCCACAUCUUUUUACAGGUUGAGUAUCCCAUAUCCAAAUAUCCCAAAAUACGGAAUAUUCCGAAAUACGGACUUUUUUGAGUGAGAGUGAGAUUGUGAAACCUUUGUUUUUUGAUGGCUCAAUGUACACAAUCUUUGUUUAAUACACAAAGUUAUUAAAAAUAUUGUAUUAAAUGACCUU